AGUUGUAAAACGGUUUGCUGUGAGGUUAUACAGACUAGGUGUCUGAGUUGCUGAGACCAUCUCGAAGACUUUGCGCGUCUUUCAUCGGUCGGCAUUCGUUUAGCGAUCCUCUGAGGUUAUUUUUUUUUUGCUUUGCGUUGAGUAUUUAUGAGGAUUUAAAGUCAUACUAUAGCGUGAUUUCAAACAAAUAUCUGUCUCCCGCCACGACUCAUCCCGUGCCCCAACUGCAGCGCAGAGAAUGACUUACUCUGACGGAUACCCUCCGUUCUACGGCCCGCGGCGCACACCCGCCAAUGUGGACAUACAUCAGUAUAUCGUGGUGGCAGUGUUCUGCGUGCUGGCUGUCGGGUUUCUCUCCAUCCUCGCAGGCAUCAGAGGUCGGGCGAGAGUAUUCUGGUUCACAAGAGUCUUCCUUAGCCUCCUUAUCGGAUGCAUCACACUCGUGGUGAACUUCCAGACGCACUGGGAGGUCGGCCACGUGGAGACACAGACGGAGUACCGCGUGGCGGAUGGCAGCACCAUCAAGGCGCGCAUCGGACUCGGCGUUUCCCUCCACGGCUUCAACAUCACCCUGCAAGGCCUGCCAGAACUCCAGCUCAACGAGACGAUUGCCUACAACGAGCAAUUCGAGUGGGCUUCGGGAAGCAUCAACGACGACUACCACGACGCGUUGGAGAGGGGGCUGCCCAAGCCCAUCCUGCAGCUCGCCGAGAUGUUUCUCAGCGCGAGCACCUGCACCAACGUCUACCUGUACGCGCAAGCCGGACUCUACGCGUCCGCCUUCCUCUGGGUCGCGUUCGCCUUCUGGCUCCUCUCCAACCUGUUCUUCUUGAUGGUGCUGACCUACGGCGGGGCGGCGUUGCUCCUCACCGGCUGCUUCCAGCUGGUGGCGCUCGCCGCCUUCGCGUGCACCCGCCUGCAGCCUCUCUGCAGGGCUCACCUCGGGCUGGAAGGCGCGACGCUGGCCACAGCUCUGGGCUCCAGCUUCUGGCUCACGCUGGGCAACGCUGUGCUCUGCCUGCUGCUGGGAAGCUUGGUCAUUGGCGCUCACUUUUUGGCUCCACACACACUGGAGGUGUUUUUCUCCAUUGAAGAAGAAACUGCAAAUCCAUAUGAAUCUGAAAAAGUUCCUUUGGGAAACAAUGGCUAUCGAAAUGAAGCGUUCACACAGGGUCCAUCCGUCGAGAGGAGUGUGACUGUCAUGAUCACGGAGGAAAUUGGAAGCCAGCAAGUAAAUAACAUACAUUCUCAAUGUGAUGUUCAAGGCACUGCCACUAACUCUCUACCACACAACUAUCCUACCAUAAAUGGCCACUCAUAAGAAAUGAUGCUGUAUGAGUAUUCGUUCACCAAGUGAGAAAUAUGAUUGCUUACACAAAAUAAUACGCGAUUAUAUGCAUUGAGAUAUUUUCUACCACCGCACUACAGGUCACAAUAAUUAUCUAUCUGCCUCUUCCCUAACCCAGUUCUAUUUGAGUUUUCCCUCCGAUUGACUCCUCUCCCGAGUUGUUAUAAUAGCCAUGCUCAAUUCAAAAAGCGUUUUAACCCUGUGUGUCGUUUGUUCCUGGUCGCUUGAACUUUGAGGCCUGUGUUGACAAAAAGAUUAUCUAAUAGUAUUCACCAAGUGAUGAAGAUAUUGGUCUUCCAAAAAUAUACAGAACAUAGCAUUCAAGGAGAUUAAGAUCUUUAGAUAAUGUAUUCACCAAGUGAUAAACGUUUGAUAUCUUCGAAGCCUGCUUUUUAAGUUUGACUUUGCAGAGAUGUUUUUUUUUUAUAACUGUGUUAUAUGUACACGAUAUUUAAACAUUGCUUUAUGAUAUAGUAUUGAUUGUAUAAUUAUAGUGAUGUCCGGCGUUUCGUGGAAUUAUUUUAAUUCUAACAUAUCCAGAAGUCAAACUGUUGAAUAUCUACACUUGUGAAAUAAUUAGUAAAUUAUGAUUAAUGGAUUUAUUUAUGGAAAUCUGUGAAGUACAUUUUGUAUUCGUUUUAUAUUGUAUAGCUAUUUGACUGCAUAAGACUAGAUAGCAUAACGAUGUGGCUGGGAAUUUCCCUAACGCUUAUGAUACAUUGAGCAACAGUGAUGACUUUGUGAUUUCCACUUCAUUUUGAUGUGGUCAUUGCGAAAGGUGGAACUCUGAAAUAUGUUUUGAAUAGGUGUGGUGCUGUUAAGUUUACACGAAUACACAAUGCAUUUUGUGGAAGUACUGCAGACAUAUCGAAUUUCAUUCAAUGUGGUCUGGAUACUCCUGUAUCAUCUGAAGUAAAAAAAAAUCUGUGCUAUGAACCUGUCGUGCAUAGUACGUAUAGCAUGAGAAAAGUUAUAUUAAUGUAUAAAUAUGUGUUUAUGCCUGCAAUUGUACCAUUUCAGUUUUUUUUAAAUAAAAUACACUUUCAUGUAA